CCCCCCCCCUUCCCGGAGCCCGUUUCACGUGUGAACUUAAGCGGCCAGAUCAUUGACUUUUGCGUGGUGACGUUAUCUCUGGACAAUGCACGACUGAUCCAUAAACAUAGAAAGAACGUAGAAACAGAAAACUGAUGGCAGAAAAAAAUGCCCGGAUGGAACCAAAAAAGGACACCUUUGAAUGUCAGCUGUGUGGAUUAACAGCCCCCUACAGCUACUAUGGGCAUAAGCCUCCCAACGCCUACUCAGUCACCCUGCUGGAAGACUGCUAUGUGAUGAAUGACCUGUUCACCCCAGACAAGGACACAUUCCUUAUCCUUGGAGCGCGGUGUAGUCUGUGUCACAAACGGGUGUGUGCUGGCCCAGACUGCAGCCUUUUCUAUUCCAAAAGGUUUUGCCUCCCCUGCGUGAGCGCACACAUAACUGAAUUUCCUUUGGAAAUAGAAGAAGAUUUGAAAAAAAAAGCCCACUCGAAAUUUUCCAAAAAAGGAGAUUCCAAGAAUCCCGGGAAAAGCUAGGCUGAUUUUACUGCAGAAUGUACUUUUGGUAAUUAGAAUGAGAAUGGUGUCUCUAGCAGGAGAUGGUAUUAUUUUGAAUUUGUUGCAAAAUUUAAGCCGCUGUCUUGUAAGCCAUCUGGCAGACAACCAUUGCUACCCUGGAGAGCUGGCUUUGAACACAAACAGGUCUGAAAUAAACAAGCCGAACCUGA